AUGGUCUACAAGGUCGCGCAGAGAAGUGACACUGCCAAGGCCUGGAUUUUGCACGCUGGUGGGGUGGCGGCCCUCAGAGCGGCUGUGCUGUGCCAUGCGGACCAGUCGCAGCUUUUGGAGAACGGCGUGUGGACCGUGUACGCGCUGGAUGGGCUCCGUUCCCUUGCAGAGCUCCUGGAAGGGUGUCGCGGCUCCAGCCUGAGCGAAGGCGCCUUGCGAGGCGCCAUCGUCGGGGCGCUCUACCAGCUGGUGAGCCCCCGGAGGAGCUCGAAAUCGGCCUUUGCCACCUUGGAGGUGGUGCAGCCGGAGAGCGUCGUCGUGCUCAUCACCGAGGCCUUGCGCAUCGGAGGUGCGAUCAACGAAGACGCGCUGUGGUCCAGCUGCACUGUCUUAGAGAACCUCAUUGAGAAGGAUCCCCGCAUGGCGCAGGUCUUCCUGGCACGAGGAGGCCGACAUCCCAUGGACCAGCUGAUCCGAGACAUCUGUUUGACGCCGGCGCGGGCGGCCGGGGACUUGAUCUCCAAGAGUUGGUAUAGCUUCAACUUCCGAGCCAUUCGGGAGCUCGUGCAGGAUCCAUCUUACAGGCCCGAAGAUCCAGAACCCGACGAGCCGGUUUUAGAGGUGGUGAUCGGCGAUGCCGAGAUCCAGGAGAUUGAGACGUCGAACUUCGAGUCUUCCGUCGAGUCACUGAGUAGGUCCGAUUCCUUCGACCAAGCCCAAGUGCCCGACGUUUGUGACGUUCCACGUGUGGAAUCAGUGCGGAAAGAAGCUGCUCGAGGAGACCUCGAUGUACAAAGCGCCGCCGUACGAGCGGCCGACCUGGACGCUCGGGUCGGAGCGUGGAGCGGAACGGGCUCAGAUGAAGAGGGGCCGGAACGAGCGUUUUCUUUUGCUGCCCCGCGGGAGCUUUUCGAUGCGAUUCCAGGUGUGAGACGAGACCGCGAGACGGUGAUUGACCAUCGGGAACGGCUCAAGGGCGAAUGCUUGCUCGGCACACAAAGCCUUUGGAGCGCUGCAGGCCGUGCCGGGAGCGUCUCCGUGAAGUGUCCAUUAGCUCUCAAACAAGGCCAUGGUCAAGGCCACUUGAUGGUCCAUUGUCGACCUUGGGAUGGUCUACCUCCAGAGAGGCCUUGGUGGAUCGACGAGGCCUAUGGCUAUGGCACUGUAGGUGUGACCGGGACGGACACCUUGGGCCCUGCGGCUCAGCCGGAUCUCUUCGAUAUGCUGGACAAGGAUGGUGAUGGAGUGCUGUCCAAGGAGGAGCUGCAUGCAGCCAUUCAAAAGAGCAAGGCCAUGGAGAUGUCGCCCUCUUCAAUGAGCAUGUCGCCCAUGGCCGCACGACAGGCCACGCACGUCGUGCCCAUGGCGCCGAUGCAGCCGUUGCUGCUGCCCAUCUCCAGUCGCAGCAGCCUGAUGCUUCAGGGCAACGAAGGCAGCAUGGGUGCCAGCCUCGGCCACGUUGGCCACGGCGGCCCCAUGCUGGGCUCCCUACAUCCGCAAGCUCCGCUGGGCUCGGUGAGGUCGCAAAAGACCACCUCUCCACCUCCUGCCCUCAAUCCUUCACCUCCUGCUCCGGCUGCCGGGUCUCCCCUGUACUCCCCGGUGCAAAGACCUGCGGCCGUCUCCUUACCUCCACAGGCCAUCCCCACCCGGACGUCCUAUGCCAAUCAGCCGUUCCUUUCCUUGCCCGCGCAGAUCCCGGAGAGCCCAAAGAAGACUCCUGACAGCCCAAAGAUGCAGCAGGUGCUGACUCAAGGGAGCGCACGUGAGGGGCGCGAGGCCAUGGGCCCCGCCGUGUCCCCCUCGCGGCGGGGCAUGUGGCGCUCGGGGCACUUGAAUGCCGGGGGCUCCGAGAGGAGCUCGGAGAGCUCUCCUCGCCGAACGCAUCACCCACCGAGGGCCCACCCGUCUCUCCCUCGCGGCGCACGCGAUCGGGCCACCUGGAUGCCCGCUCAGCAGCCUUCAGCCAGGAGGAGAAGCCAAGCAGCGUCUCCGCACGUCUCAAGGCUGCUGGAUUCGUGA